GCAACAGCUCAUGCCAUGGUGCUGGGUUGGCCAUGCUGGGCUGAUCUGACAACGCAUGCGUCCGCAUCACUGGAAAACCUGUCGUGGAUGUAGCACUGUGGGGCGAGCAGCGGCUUUGGGUCUGGUUUGUUUAGCGCUUGCGCUGCAUUUGAUGAGUUGGAAAAUGAACAAGUUGCAGAUCUUCAGCAAGCAGAGGUGGAUGGUUGAAGAUGGACCCAUGAGCUUCGAACUGUGCCUGUCGACUCAAAGGGCGGAGCUACGUUUUGCUGGCAAGCUGCUGGUAUCCAGCCCGUUCGACCUCUUCUGGUCCGUGGGAACGGACUUGGUGCAUGGAUGGCCCACCACGUGGCACGGCCCCGUGCUCCCGCAGGGUUUGGAGGUCGAAACGACCGGGGAUCGGUUGGAAGCGCGGGUGGAGGUGGAGAUAGCGAAGUCUGAAGGGGCGUGGCUCCUCCACGACACCUGGCACUUCGAGCAGGGCACGUUGCACGGCACUCGCAGCUGGACGUGGCAAGCCGCCUUCGGCGCUGGAGCAUCGCCCAGUGUCUUGUCCCUGAGGUGGCUCGUUGAAGGUCACAGCGACAAAUUGCUGAUGCCCGGUGUACUGUAUUACGGAAACCCUGCGGGUGCCGCAUCGCAGCGUUCCGGCUGGGACAGCGUGGUUCCUGAGUGGCGUGGUGCGGUAGUGCAGGAACGGCUGCAGGUGGAGGAACAUCGCCUGCCUCAGCCCUGGUUGGACCUGCAGCUGGAUGACUACCAUGUUGGGCUUGGGAGUUGGCCCUCUAUGGUCGGCGUCAAGGAUUUGUAUUGGUCCAUGGGUGCCGAGGUGGCCGCGGAGGGCACGUUGCUGCAACUUCUGUCUGGGCCUGUAGCCAUGAAUGGCCAUGAUGGCAUGAUGAAAACGGGUCAGCGCAACUGCAGCGCCCUGCUGGAUGUGGCUCUGCAACUUCCUCCAGGCGGAACGCAACAGAAGAGUUAUUAUCUUCAAGUGGGUCCUGCGUCCGAAUCUGGAGCGAAAGGCGAUGGCUUUCGAUCCUUGUUGAACUUUGCACUGGCACGGGCCAAUCUUGACACAUCGGGGCUUCCAUGUUUCACAUCGAUCCUGCAUUCCAAAGUUGAAUAUGCCCUCCGCAGAUGGCGAGAGUCGAAUGGCCUCCCGGGCUUCGACAUGUUUGGGAGCAGCGAUCGACGCGAGAUCUAUGCCAUGGGAUGGGCCGGGCAGGCGGAAGCGCCUGGAUACGCCUUUCAGGUUUUGGCCUCCACCUUGGGUCGCCCCGAGCUGGCUCAGCUGGGCAUACGCAGCCUGGACGUUUUGGCGCAGGCGCCCUUCAAAGCGAACGGCUUCAUGUUGGCCUUGAACGGGAGCACCGGCGUUUGGGAGGAGGGCGUUGGUCGUGCGAGGAUGGACUUGGUGUCGCAAGGGCAAGCGAUGGGUAACUUUGCUCGUGCCAUCGCGGUGGGCCGUAGCCGUGGGGUCAAUACAUCGCUUUGGGACGCCUUUCAUUUGAAAGCAUGCGAGGUUCACGCUGCCCGUCUGGAGGAUGAUGACUGGGCUCCUACGUCGGCGCAAGAGGCCUUUCUGGUUCUACCCUUGACCUUGGGCGCCUCCUUACACCGCGAGCCACGCUUCUUGGAGGUUGCGCUGAAAGCGGGGAACCACUUCGCCAGUACUGUGAAGACGCUGUGGGGCGGCACCCUAGAUGCCCGCUGCGAGGAUAAGGAAGGCUUAUGGGCUGGAUUUCAAGCUUUCCUGGCCCUUUAUGAAGCCACUGGGGACACUUCCUGGCUGGACGCUGCGGAGAGGGCAGCCGAUUUGCUCCUGACGCCUGGCCUUUUGGAGACCUUACGGAACACUGGGACAUUUAUAGGAACCAAUGAUGGGUGA